AUGAUACCAAAUCGUGGUCUGGACCCUGAAACCACUGAAUGGGAAAUAAUUUUUAUCAUACGGAGGCUUUGCAGGGAAAAACGGCGUGAUCAACUUGGUGCUAUUGAAUCCAUAGUGAACAUUGAGGAAUCGAAGCGAAGGCGAUACGUUGAAGAGGUUGUGAAAAAUGUGAAGGAUAUUCUGAAAGAAAAUCGAGAAACACUAGAAAGGAUCGGGCAUGCAGCCUCUGAACCAUAUCCACAUGACAGCGAGACGUUAACGAACGCCAUAUCAAAGUCCAAUCUAUUCAAUCCUUGGGAAAUUGUAGUUCACUCAACUUAUAUGGGAGGAUAUCCGUGGUUCGGACAGUGA